GGGAAGUUGAAAAUGCUUAGUCAUAAACACUAGCGCGGCUAUGAAUCCGAGCUUCCUGCGAAUUCAACAUCGAACCACUUCCUCGAAUACCUCAAACAAACCGCAAUAACGCCUUGAAUACAGACACAAUGGCUGGCUACAAACUCCGCGAGAACCGCGUUCCUUACUACCAGGCGCUCUUCCAAGAAGGUGCUAAGAAACACAUUCGUCAAUGGAACCAAACUCCUCGAAGCAAGAUCAUGCUCUACCCAUACUACGUCGCUCUUUGGGGAGGUUUCGCCGGAUCUAUGUACAUGAUGUCGAGAAUGGUUUUGGGACACAAGACUUGGUUCGGAAAGGGAUAGAGGUUACGAGUGAAACGAUAGAAUACGUGGAUGCUUGGGAUCUCGAGGAGCGCGGCGGUGUAAAUUGAAGUCAAAGGAUAGAUCAAUUCCAUUAUACCUCGAAUACUUGACGACAAACCCCCACGGAAAUGCAACACCUUACUGGCCUCAAUGAGAUUUGUACCUCCUCAGUCCCACGUUAGAACAACCAUUGAGCAAAGAGUCAUUUCACAUUACAAGAUUUUUGUGAAAUUCCCUUUUCUUCCAUUUUCGUCUAAUCAUCUUAUCUUGCGGAGAAAUCUCGCUUCUUCACCAUAAAACUUAGUCCUACAUCACAAGCGUGAGAUAUUCAAGUUUGACAUUGGCUGCACCUGUUUCUGAGCGUGUCAGACCUCAUGUCGCAUCGUUGGAACGGUUCAAUAUUUUAAUCGUGUUACCGACACAUUCA